AUGGACACUUUUAUUGCUGGUCUAAAUUUGUACUUGCGCCCAGGUAAAUAUUGAGGAUUUCGCAAUCGGUUCUCGAUUAAGGAUUUAAGAUUUGAUACUAAUAAAUUUAAUCGAGAAAAGGCACUGCAAGGCUUCAGAGAUAACCAGAAGACAUACACAUGCAGAAACAUAACAAUACAUACAUGCUGAUAAGUCUAAAUGCAUGCCUUUUUAACUGAAACGAAGACAACUUAAGUGAUCGAUGUAUUUCAAAUGUUCUCAAUUAAACAAAAGCCAAAGUAGAAACUUAUAAUAAUAUUUGCCCGUUUCAUUUGUUUUCGUUAUUGAACCGGCUAAUGCAAGAUUUCUUCUUAAAUAAUUAAUAAAAAUAGAAUAAACGAAUAAAAAUCAUCUUCAGUAAUUUGCUUUCGAUGUGGAACAGCAAAAACUGCUCAGCGUGAAAAUGUUUGCCAUUCAUCGAACCUGUGAUCCAACCAUUUAUUUCAAUUUUUCUUAUCCUCACAGAAUGGUAUUAUCUUAAUAUGUAUUUUGUGAGUUUUCUCUGUUCAAAAAUUCAUAUUUGCGCUAAGAAAACAGUCAUUUCCGCAGGUAAUUUUAGAAAUCUUGCAAUUUCAGAUUUCUGAGUUCCACUUUCCUGUUUAACAAAACGCCACAUGCUAGACAAUAUCUAAUUUUUUUGUGCUAGAAAAAUAUUUGUUUUUAAACAAGCAACUGUCUUCACUCCGGUGUUUCCGAAAGAAAAAAAAUGCACAAAUCCAUUAAGCGCGUAUAUUUAUUGAUUUCAAACAUUAGUUUUGUUUUCUAAACCUCGCAAAGAGUUGCCCCAUUCCCAGAUAUUUAUCACUUUGUUUGGAUACUUCUCCCGCUUAUUUUCAGUCCGAGAACUGUAUAAAACUGGGUGGUUGUGUUAGUUAAAAGUAAUUUAAUCGUAAAAAAUCAAAAUUUCGCGUUUCCCUCCCCAGCAAACACUUCCAUUAUCUUUGGCCAACAAACUAGGCAAGAAAGUCAAUAUUUGAGCAACUAAUUUAGCUAAGAAGCACGGUCGAAUACACAGGUUAAAUGCAGGUGUGCACAAAUCGGUAUCAUUGUGAGUCGUGCAAUACCUUGAGUGGGACGGCUCUGAGAGUAGCCCUCUCUGAAUUUGCCAUUUCGGUAAGUAUCUUUUAAACUUGUUCUUAAUACAUUUUCAUUCUUGAAAUAUUUCGAAUAAUGUAAAUCCUGUCGAAACCUGGAUUUCUUUUUUAGGGCCUCUUCUUGCAGUUUAUCUGCGAGGACCAUUGUUUUACUUGAAAUGUUAUUGAGGUUACAAAAAAUAUACAUCUAGUGCGUUUAUAUAAGUCACAGUAAACAGUUUUCUAGAUGUACUAAGCAAACGAAAAAAAGGAACGGUUCUCGCAGUCUCGGAAGUGAAUAAUUACCGCGCUCAGGGUUUCAAACAUAAAACGUGUGACAAAUCUUUUCUCCCCAGAGAUAUCGAAAACGUGACGAAAGCAAACAUGAGACUUGACCUGCUUCUGAUGGUGUCUUGCGUUCUUUUGGUAUUUUCAAUGGCCCUUGGUGAGUUCAGCGAUGAGCCGAUGAUAUAUUCAGUGGAGAUCGGAUAUUUCAUGUAAAAGUCUUUCGUCAUGAUUUAAAAGGAAUAAUAUUCAGUUUUUAUAAUACAGAAAUAUCGAAUUUUGUUCUUUUCAUUGCAUCUCACAUUGCAUAAGUAAAGAAAAAUUAUAAGGAACACCGGACGUAAUUGCCUUUACUUUAUUACCUGACCGAAACAACUGGUUGUUAAACGUAAAGACUUCACCUUUAAAACUCAAGGUUAACCCUUUAACACCUAGGGGUGACCAGCAUCUAAUUUCUCUUUACAGUAACAUGAUCGAAUCGAACAUUAGGGUCACGAGAAUAAACUAAAUUAAGAAGCUCUUGAUAGUUGAACAAGUUCUCCAUAUCAAUACCAUAAGAAAUAUAAGGGAACAGUAUGGAGCCUGUGAAUACUGAUGUGAGGGUGUAAAGCUGGGGUACAGGGUCAAAAUGUGUUUUUCUCAUACAGCUGAUGAAGCAAAAUUUGAAGACAAAGCCGAGAGCAAAGAUAUUAAUGGUAACUUUUUAAAUUGCUAUUUCAUCUUUUUUUUUUGUAUCUUUUUACGUAUGUUUUUACCAACAUAAAGGUUACCUUAUUUUUUGCAACACUCACAGGCCUUUGUUUUUCAACUUGAGAAAUUUCAUGCACAUUUUAUGACAAGAAUAUUUGAUAAUUUAAGUCCAACGACUUUAUCACAGAUUCUGAGACAUUAGUUCUGACAUCAGUUAAAAUUUUCAAAAUAAGGUGCAGCAAAAGAUAUCACGGUGGAAAUAUUUUUGUUCCCAUGUUUGAAUACUGCUCAACUAUAGCAAGCAUGGGCACUCAUUUUGCCACCUUGUCAGCGGAUGAAAAUAAACCGGAUAUGAGUGGUGUCGGAUGAAUUUAUCUUAUUUUAUAACAAGUCCAUUAAGGAAACGUGUAAAACAUCGUCAAGGCAAGAAAUCAUGGCCUUGGAGCGAUGACGACAGUAACUCAUUCAAACUCACUCUUAUUAUAAUAAUUCCGAAUCCUCCGUCGAGAAAAUUACACAUUUUCAGGGAAAACUUGUCAAAGUGUGAAUACCGACUCUGUACCAGUUCCUAUAGCAGUAGCUGCCUUUUGCUAAGCGUAUUCUACCCUGACACAUCAUUAAGCUGAUACAAAACUUCUAAGAAUAUGCAUUUGUCCUCAAUUAGUCUACAACGGUGAGUUCAGUAGCAAUAGUGAUGUAUCUUUCAUUUUAGUUCAAUACCAAAUUGUGUCAUUUUAAUGUUCUCUUUGUUUCCUACUACAUGACAAGAUGAACGCUUAUGGCCAUGGCAAAGGGACGUCAAAGACGAACAAGGUGUCUUAGAAUAUUGUUUUUGAAAGCUUCAUUUACAAAAUUCUGCGUAGCUAUCGUUAAAUUGCCUUUUCGCUUUGUUCUUCCUUCAAGUUUUUCUUUUAUUUGUGACACUGAAAAAGAUGCCGCCGGUAGUCUUGUUUCUGUCGUUGUGGUUUCAGAGAUGUAGUAUAUUCUUUAUUGUGAUUGCAUUUAUAAGUAUUGUAACUGCUGCUGUUCCUGAUGAUGAGGAUGGCAUACUUGCUCACUUACUUUAUAAUUUGUUAUCAACACUUUCUUUCAUUUCUAUACUAGUAACAGAUAAGCGAAUUUGGCCAUGGCAAGGUUCAAAUGAUGCGAAAAAAGGUAUGUAUCCGUACUAGUAAAGGUUCCAGAUGUAGUUUUCAGUGGACGAUACUACGGUUCAAGAGUUACUGCAAUGGCUGUCUUCUUGAGGUAAUUUACGUUUUGACAUUAUAAGCAUAAACGAGCGCCUGAUUACGUGUUACAUGUUAUUAGCUGUUCAUGAGGUCCCACUAUGUUUUCUUGCAAAAUAGAUGAGAGAGUUUGGCCAUGGCAAAGAGACGCAGCUAAAAAAGAUGCAACGGGUAAAGCUCUUAAGAUUAUCAUCUACAAUUAGCCUAGAAAGGAGUGUUCAGUAGCGCAAUAGAAAUGUAUCUUUUGUUUCAGUUUACAGCUGCUUUGUGAUUUUUCAACGUUUUUUUUUUCUUUUUCUCAUUGUAUGAUAAGAUGAGCGGUUUUGGCCAUGGCAAAGGGAUGACAAAAAAGGUAUCUGCGGAUAUUGUUUUUUAAAGCUUCACCACGACAAUUGCAAAAAUUUAUCGUUAAAUGGCUUUUUACUUUCGUCCCUUAUUCAAAUUUUCUUUGUUUUUUCUCGAAAAAGAUGAUCGACUUUGGCCCUGGAAAAGCGACACAGAAAAAGAAACCGCGGGUAAUCUUCAUAAGAUCAUUAUUUAUCUUUAUAGCUAUUGAUAAUUUUUGCUGAAAAUAAAAGGAUAAAGUGAUUAAUGUACAUUCUCUACAGGCGAGUAAGACGAAGACGACGAUUCCAGGGGUUCGACGUGAACAUGUUAAAGGUACAACUUUAAGCGUUUUUGAGACAAUAAUAAUAGUGUGAACCGUUUGUCAAAGUUGAUCGCAAAGUGUAGCCUUAAUCAUACUCAACUCCAUUGCAAGUUCUACAAGAAAUUUCAUGAAAUACUAGCGACGAGAAGGUUUAAACUACAACAAGCUACCUUAAGAUAUCGUCAACUAUAUCAGUCUGUAAUUUUCUUUUGAACUCCGUGCUCUAGGUAAGUACCUUUUUUUCCACGCUGGGUGUGUCUGUCCUCUCAUCGGCGAGAGGAGUACAUGCACUUACUGUAAAAAUAACUCUUCUUGAACAGAGGAUGACUGGAAAUAUAUAUUUACUCAAUUCUUAAUAUUGGUUAACAUUUGCUGUUGUUAUCACUG